AAUUGAGUACGCAAUAUUCUCAUAAAAAUAUGAAUAAUUUGCACAAGCAAAACAAAAACAUGAGAAGAGUAAAAGUAACAAAAAAUGUUUCUAGGGAAUACGCCGUCGUUAAAGAGAACUAUAGGUGGAAGAAAGGAAAUAGAGCAAAAAAUUUAUGUCGUAUUCAUUAAUGAAAUAAACAGAUUUAAUAAGCUCUCGGUUACUAAUUUUGUACAGAAGCAUUUAGCCGAAACAUUUCACUAACUCAGAAGUGCGCGAUCUGUCUUUGAAUGAGGAUCUUAUUGUAAAUGGCUGCGUCGCGGACGAACUGAAUAAUACGCGUUUUAAUCUCAAAUCUGUUGUACUUUCCGCUCAGGAAAUGUCCAUUUUAAAUGUAGAUACAUAGUUGCCGACUGAAUUGACUUCGUCGAUUGUUACGAACAAAUACCCUCAUCCAAACACGGAGCAGUGCAUGUGUAUAAUGGGUCGCAAUAUAUAAAAGCUGAAAACAUUUUCGUGGUUGUAUAUAGUGACGUUAGUGAUAUUCUCCUAAUAAAUGGAGCAGUGCAGAAAUCUUUAACUAAAUCACAACAUUUGAUUGAAGCUAAUUAUUUAGUUGAAGAUGCUACCAUUGCAAUGACCCUAACAAAAGUUGAGGAACAAACAAAAAAAUCUACUGAUAGUGCUUCAUAUCAGUUGGAUCUGAAUUUGAACUCAUUUUACAAUCAAGGAUUCUCCAAUGAAAUGAAAUUCAAAAUGAAUGAUAGUACCAAUAAUAAGACGAAUGUUAUGAUGAGAACAUUAGACGGUAAAAUUCAAGAUGAAAAUGAGCUAAAGCCGAUGGCCGUACCGAUUGGCAGUGGCGUUUUAUCGGCAGCGGUGGAUAUAUCGAAAUUGGCCAAUUUCGGGAAGCCGCGACGAGAAAGUAGUUCGUUAAACCUUUCUCGGUCUUGCGUAUCUCUUGAUGCACAUAGUUCAGUGUUACCUUCACGUACAAUUCUUCGGCGGCAGAGGCGCUUACAAUCCCAGGAUACAGAAGACAAGCAAGAGGAUUCAAUCGAUAGGUUGAAUCGUUUGCGAGCCCGAAUAUCGGGAGCACUAAGUGAAGUGAAGGGGGUAUUAAAGCAUUAUAGCACCGAUGAUGGUGUCGAAACCGAACAACCAAAAAGUAAAACUGACGAUGCCUUAGUAAAAUCCGAGACUCAUCCAACUGUAACCCCAAUGUUAACUACAAAAAAUGAUGCUCCUGUGAGCUUUCGUUUCGUUAAAAGAGUAAGACGACGGAGCACCUUUAGUGAAGAUGAUGUCGGUGAAGUUAAAAAAGAAAUAGUGAAAGAUGUUACAGAAUAUAUACAUAAUGAUGAAACUCAUAGUUGCUUACUUUCAAAAAAAGAUGAAGUAUUAGAAUCAGAUGCAAUACAUAUAAGAGCUGCAGCUUCUUUAAUUCGUCCAGAGAUUAUACUUCAAAAUGACGAUAAAUCAAAUGAAAAAUCUGAUUUCGCAAGACUUUUAUAUGUUAAUAAUGUGAAACAAUGUUCUUCUAAAAAUAUUGGAGAUUACACUAAUAAAUCAAAACAUAAAAAUCAAUUUGAAACUAGUCGUACCGGUACCAAUGAUAACGAUAAAGGAGAUCCUGCUUAUUUGAAUACGUUGGAGCAAAAUAGUAAUAAUGCAUAUCCAAUCGAUAAAAAGUUAAAAAAUUUUGAUUUCGAUGAAAACCAAAUACCAGUAAAAGAAAUUGAAAAUCAUCUAAAAAGUUUUGUAAAAUCAAAAUCUGUUACUCGUCGUGCCUCAAUUGCUGCUGUUGAAAGUUCCCGUAUUGAUCAACCAAUUAAGCAAGCCAUUCCUAUUGCAGUUAAUAUAGAAAGAAGACCUUCUGAUUCUGAGACGGUGAUCAAAAGAAAAUUAAAAACUGCUGGCAACUUUACAUUAAAUGUAAAAGAAAAGGUUACCAAAAUGAAGCGUUUGCCCGUGAAAAAUAAAACCGGUGAAAUAAUGAAGAAUGAAAAGACUCUAGAGAUAAAUCAGUACAAUAAAAGUUCUGAAGAAACUUCUUCAAACUCCACAGAGGAAGCCGCAGUUGUGAAAGCAACAACUAAUGUGUCUGUGCCAGACAACUUAAAUACAUUGUCUACACAAUUAGCUAUUACAAUCGCAAUAGAUGACACAUCAAUAAGUGCCGAAAGGCCAGACGACAUGAAAAGCGAGGCAAUGCAGCCACUAUCAAUGACAACAAACAACUCGUGGCCGACAACGAAUUUCGUCGAUGGGGACGGUGUAAUGGUGACCGCGUUAGUAAAUUCAUUGCAGACUGUCGAAGCAAGUAGUCAUACAAAACACGUAGAGACGCAAUCGUCAAAUGCUCUAAUUGAAAGUGUAAAAGUGGUUAAACCCGUAAUUGAAAAAGUGGAGAAGCACAGCAUAGAUGAUAUUCAAAUAGAAAUUGAGACAACACCAACCUAUUAUGCAGAUACUCAACAACAGUCUAGAGCUGAUGGUAAUUUACAAGUAGUCAAAAAUUUAAAGCUAUUGGAAUGUGUAGAUCAUUUUAAGGAUACUGAACAACUAAAAGUAAAAACUGAAGAGACAGAUUCUAUUUUCAGUGGUAUCAAUAAAUUUCAAAACUCAGAAUCAUCGCCAACGGUCAAUAUUCCAAUUAGCGAUAAAAUGCCAGAGUUAAAAGUAACUCCUAUACCAUUUAAGCCGCUGCAUGUUUUUGCAGACAACAAUGCUGAUAAAAUAAAUAGUCCUACAACGAACCCAACAGUCAAUCAAAUGAUUUGUAAUAUCUCAGUAGAUGAAUCCCCUGAAAUAACGAAAAUGAAUAACAGUUCAAGCACAAAAAUUGAAGAGUCUGAAAAAGUCGAAAUAAGUGACAAUCAGCUUUCGGGUGGCAUUUUAAUUGAGAAUCCAUCAUAUGCAGGUGAAGAAAAUACUUUAAGUAACGCCAUUUCAAUUACAGCAGAGUGUGCUUUUGAGGAGGCUGUUGCUCCACUACAACUCAAAAAGUCACGAAAAGUAAAAAAGAAGGUAAUAAUAAAACGACAGCACCGAAAACUGUCGGUGAGUGAGAACACUUUCUUCAAAGAUACCGAGCAACCAGAUAUUUUACCAGCCGCUACUGAAACUUUAGAAAAAACAAUAGCCUAUGUAACAGAUGAUGAGGACGACAUCGCACUUCAUGAAGUGAAACCCGUCAUGCCCAUAAAAUCUUGCAUGAAGGCACGCGAAUUUCAAGUGGGUGAUUGGGUGAUGUAUGGAGAGCGUUUUCGUAAAACUCAAAUUCGUUGGAAGAGAGGUCAAAUUUCUGAGCGCAUUACAAGUAUUUCUUAUAAAAUUAAUAUCGAUGACAAAGAAGUUUCGGCUCAUAUUAGCUACAUUAAAAAGUAUACUGGCCGACGGGUGAAUUUCGGUGGCAAAGAAUAUCUGGAAAUCGAUUAUGAGCAGAUAGCGGAAGAAGAGCGUCGGGCGCAUUCUUAUAGUAUUUGGAACAUGGUUUAAAGGUCAGGAACCAGAAGUCAUUCAUACAUAUUGUAGAACCAAACUAUUAUAUAAUCGUUGAGACCAAAGACUCCUUACGGACGGAUAUGUAUAUACUGUAAAAAUCUUGUAUAUAUUAUUGCAGAAGAGAAAUGAUAUCACCUUUCCGUUUUAAUUUGUAUUUCUAACGCAUUCAAUUUACGUUAGUGCUUAUUGCCAAAUCGUUUUGUAAAUAGUCUUGUUUUUAUUUCGCAUAAAUUUAAUUUAGAUUGUAGAAUAUAUUUUGUUGUUCAUUUAAUAUUACAAUGCGAUUAUUCAUUCAUCAAUGUAAAUAGUACGUAUUAGUAGGACUUUACAAGUAAUGGAUAUGCGUGCACACAAAGGCCGAAAAUAAAAUAAUCUCUAUUGGAUGAGAAAUGUAGUAUAGUAAAAACCGUAAUUUUUUCAGCUUCAAAAACAAAAAAAAUUCUUGUAAAUAUUAAAGUCUGAAUUUAUGUAAAUAAAAUAUAUUUCAAACAAACAA